AUGAAGAGAACAACACGAACCAUUGAUAUGCCAAAAUUGCGCAGAAAUUUAAAGGGACGUGGUCGUAUCGCGGAAACAAUGUGUUGUGGACAUUUCGGUGGAUUCGCAUACGUGAAAUUUGUACUGCUGUGGCUGAGUUGUAUUGCGCUUGAUUUAUUGAUCGGGUUCCGUUUUGAGUUAUUAUAUCCAGUUUGGUUACUUAUGCGCAAUUGCUACGAUUCAUUUCGAUUCCAGGGUCUCGUUAGCUCAUUGCAGUAUUCUGCUUUGUCUGCAUUUUUUGUAUGUGCGACAGUAACAGCGGAUCUUAUUUGUUUUAUAUUUCUUCCCGUUCAGCUGCUGUUCUUCCUUUCAAGUACAUAUGUAUGGAUUCUUCUAGUUUGGCAGACAGCAGAACGAGGUAUUGGUUCAGCUCAUUUGCUGUUAUGGAUCACGGUAAUAUUUUUCGAGUAUAAUUGGCGUUAUCGAGGAGAUUCGCCGUUGCAGCUCUUAAAAGGUUCGACGCUUGGUUCGACACUCAAUUUUCUUACUGGUGGUGUAUUGACGAAUUGGUUGGAACGUGACUUAUCAACCAACAUUGAGAUGGUCACAAGUGUUUCUCCGAAAGAAUGCUAUCCACCAGCACGAUUUGUUGAUCCUGUCAGUGGUUUUUUGGGUCGCUUUGGUAUCUCAUUAGUGACAGCUUUUACACACAGUUCUUCGUUGACCUCAGAUCUCUGUCGACCCUUUGCUGCACACUGCAUUGGAUAUCCGGCCAUAAUGCUUGGAUUUGGUCUCAAAACUUAUUUUAGAUUGUGGAGAGUAAAAAGACGCCAACGUGAAGUGUCACUUGCCAACGAAAUGUAUUGUAAGCUUCUAAUAGAGGCAUUACCUUCAUUAUAUGAAGGGCCGAAAAUAUAUUCGCAUUGUAAUAGUAGCGUAUUACAGGACCAGGAGCAGAUAGAAUAUGAGUCUGAAAUUUGUCCUGGUUCGUUACAAAAUCUAGCUAUUUGCGCAUCACCUUCAUCAGCCACCGUAACACAACGAAAGAACUCACGUGGAGCGGGUUGGAAGCAAAAUAGCUGGAAACAUACUAGCAUUAAUUCCAAAAAAGUUUCUGUUCCUUCAAGUGGAUCUUCAUCAACGCGAAAGGGAAGGGUAGUAAGAGAAAAUAACGAUGAUGAUGAUACAGCUAGUUCCGUAUCAUUAUUGGUGACACCGAGAAUGUAUUUGUGGCGCGUGUUAUGGGAUUUACUUUGGAGCACAGUGUUGUAUAUAUUAGGUGGUGUUGUUGAGUCACCGUCAUCAUCGUUAGAUGAUCAUAUAUCACUGAGUUCAAAUGAAAUGGAAAGCGAGGAUGAAAUGAUGGAGCAGGAAGAAACUUCAUCUCAGCCAGAUGAUGCUUCACCAAGUUCUAAUCGUUUAGGAUCUAUUCAUCGCCAUCCAAAUAGUUCCAAAAAAAGUAGAGUGUUAAUUCCGAGUUCGGGAAAUUAUUCUCGAGCAAAAGGUGGACGUUCACGGGGACGUCAUGUUCAAAAUCAUGCUGGCUACAUCUUAUCGCCACUGACACCUGGAACUACGUUAUCGUCGUCAACACUGGGUGCUAAUUGUGCGUUAAAUAAUAAUUUAUUGAAUCUGGCGGCUGGUAAUAUACAACAGGAUAGACAAAUGUACAAUUCUGUUAGCAGUACGGGUUAUCAGAACAUAUCGAUUACUAGUGUUAAUGUCAUUGAGAAUGGUGGUUCGUCUACAGGCAAUGCUGCUACUUUUGAUGGGAAGGCCAGCGAAUAUGAUGCUGAUGAACUAGAAAUGUUGCGCAGUGAUCUGCGAGCUGCACGAUCACAAGAAAAUGAAUUACGUUACAUGCUGCAGCAGUAUAUUAGUGGAGAAAAACAACUAAAAGGAGAAUUACAGCAGUUAAAAUUAAAGCAGGAGCAAAGCGAAAACAAACUUGCAAAUAUAAUGAAGGCACGCGAACAAGAUAAAUCAGCGAUGCAGUUGUUGGAAAAGAAAUUAAUUGAUAUACAAACGAAAAAAAAUGAAUUAGAAAAAGAAUUAAAUGCAGAGAAGCGUAGCAAAAUUAAGGAAGAGCACGCUGUUGCGCGUGCACUAGCCGCAGCACAAUCAAACAAAACUGUUGAAUGCGGUGAAACAUGCAGAACAAAAAAGGCUGAUUUGGAAAAAGAAUUGCGAAUCGUUCGACGUGAAUUGAAGGCUAAAGAGGAACUUGCAAAUGAGCAUGAAGAGGAGCUGCGACAGUUACGUCAAUAUAAAGAAAGCAAUGAUUUGCAAGAGCUGCACACGGCGCUUAGAGUUAUUCGUGAGAAGAACACUCAUCUAGAGAAAUCAUUAUCAGCUGAGAAUCGACUAAAGCAGAAAUUAUUCUAUGCUUUAAAUGAAGCGCGAGGGCAGAUGGCUGAUUUUCAAAAACAGCUACUUGCAAAGGAAGCAGAUUUGCGUCUAAAAGACGUUGAGUUAAUGAAUCUACGAGGACGAUUUGGAAAUGGUGCAGAUGACCCGUCGAAGUUACCAUCUACUGGAGAUAAUCGAGGCUUGCUCUCAGUAAAAACAACACGCUGUAGUCCUGCAAGUAGUGCUAUUUUGCCACCCGUUCUCAGUGAUAUUAGUGGCAUUCCAAAGUCACAUGUAACAGCAGAACAGGAGAUUUUCAACAGUGCAAGCAAUACUUACAUGCCGUAUACAUUCAUCACACACUCAUCUCAGGAUGAGCAUUCUCUGUUUGAUAGUUCAGUUACGCGUUCCACCUCCACGAUACCGCCGAAUUCGGUGAGUCCACCUCCGGCAUCACGUUUACCCAGUGUCAGUUCAGACGCUUUCCAUUUCACAAACAGCAAAUUCAGCCCAAGGUCGACUAAUACUAGUUCUCCAAGAAAUUCCUGA